ACGCUGUCGAUGCUGGCGGAGCGGCUGCAAAGGAUUGACUAUGUGGUCAACGGAGACCAGCAGGAAACCGACGAGAAGGCAUCGGCACACCAUGCUUCGGCCAGCGCGCGUCUCCGCAACCUGGAGCGGACAUUGAAGGCAUUGGCAGCAAGGUCGCAUGCCGUUUCGGACAUUUUACAGCUUCAGAAGCAUUAUCCAGAACUGUUUCAUCCCACCGACUCGCACGCGCCCCCGAGCAGUCUCGCACCAGCGUCUUUGGCUCACUUGAUAUUGGCACAUGAUUCGCUAUACAAAACGAGUGCAGUGCAGCUCUCGACGUUGAACGACAACAGCACUGUUCCGGAGUCUACCCCUAUGGUCAAGCUCAUUGCCAUGCAGUCACGCAUCGACAAGCUGGAGGCCAAGCAGAUAGAGCAGGCGCAGGAAUUUGCGGAACUGAGGGCAAGAAGCGCAAGGGUCGUGGAGAAGUACUAUGAAAGCGGCGUGUUGCAGAUGGGAGAACGCUGGACCGAGUGGGAAGAACGCUUAAAAGACUGCGAGAUCUUGGUCCGGAGGAAGGAAGCUGCUAAAAGACGC